AUGGAGGAGGGCUGUUGUGUGUCGGCGCCGGGGAAGGUGCUGGUGGCGGGCGGGUACCUGGUCACGCUUCGGCCCCACCCGGGCCUCGUCUUCUCCGUCUCGGCUCGGCUCUACGCGGCCGUCGGGCCCGCUGCUGCACCCGCUUCAUCUCCGGCGACCCUCAACGGCGGAGCGGACCAGAACGAGUUCGGGCUGGUGGUCGACUCGCCGCAGUUCCGGAAGACCUUCCGCUUCAGCGCCGCCCUUGCCGCCGCCGACGGCAGCAGCGAGCCCCACCUUCUCCUCCGCAACUCGUCGGGUGAGGCGAACGAGUUCAUCGAGACGACGCUGGUUUCGGCGCUGACGGCCGGCGUGGGUCUGCUGGGCGUCGACAGCUUCCGGGCGCGGAUGGGCGCGGGCGUAGUGGUGACCAUCCUCGGCGACGCCGCCUUUUACUCCGCACCUGAGACGCCCGAGUCAGAGCCCAAGAAGACCGGUCUGGGGAGCUCGGCCGCGUUGGUAUCCUCGCUCGUGGCCGCUCUGCUGUCGUAUCUGGGCCUCCUCGACCUGUCUUCCGCCGCACCAGACGUGUCGCGGCUGCAGCUGGCGCACAACCUGGCGCAGUACUGCCACUACAAGGCGCAGGGCAAGAUCGGGUCGGGCUUCGACGUGUCCUCGGCCGUCUUCGGCAGCCAAAUCUACACGCGGUUCUCGCCCGACGUGCUGCUCGCCGUUCCUGCGCUCCAGCUGGCCGAAGGCGAAGUGGGUCAGGGCGUGAUGGCCUCGCCAACGACCCCGGCCAACAUGGUCGCCAUGCUCAACUCCCCGCUCUGGGACUCCAAGGCGGAGAGCCUGCAGCUGCCCCACGGGAUGCACCUCCUGCUGGGGGACAUCUCGGUGGGCGCCAAGACGCCGGGCAUGGUCGCCGCCGUCGACCGGUGGCGCCACGCGCUCAAGGACCAGGGCAAGCUCGAUGACUCGGCGUGGACUCGGCUGGCUGGCCUGAACGCGCAGAUGAUCGGCCACUUCCGGCGGCUCAACGCCCUGGCCGACGAGCGACGGGCGGCCUACGAGUCCACCCUCGAGCGCCUGGCCGCUCUCCCCGCCGACCAGGGCGACGGUGCGGAUGAAGUGGUCGUCACGCAGCUGCUGGCCCUCCGCGCGGCCCUGGUCGAGGUGCGCAGGAACCUGAAGCUGAUGGGCGACCUCUCCGGCGCCGCGAUCGAGCCCGACGUGCAGACACAGGUGUGCGACGCCACCAUGGCCUUGCCCGGCGUCCUCCUCGCCGGCGUACCCGGAGCUGGAGGCAUGGACGCCCUGUUCGCCGUGGCCCUGGGCGCGACCGCACAAGCUGCCGAGUUGUGGGCGAGUCGUGGUAUCUCACCGCUGCUGCUGGAGGAGGACCACAAGGGUCUCUGCGCCCACUCCAUGGCCUACUUUGCCGACCUCCGGCGCCGUAGCGUGCCGAACUCGGCCUCCUCGUGA